GCGGGCCGCCGGCGCCAUGGGCCAGUGCGGCAUCACCUCCUCCAAGACGGUGCUGGUCUUCCUCAACCUCAUCUUCUGGGGGGCAGCUGGCAUUUUAUGCUAUGUUGGCGCCUAUGUCUUCAUCACCUAUGAUGACUACGACCACUUCUUUGAAGAUGUGUACACGCUCAUCCCUGCAGUAGUGAUCAUAGCUGUCGGAGCCCUGCUUUUCAUUAUUGGGCUCAUUGGUUGCUGUGCCACAAUCCGGGAAAGCCGCUGUGGACUUGCCACGUUUGUCAUCAUCCUUCUCUUGGUUUUUGUCACAGAAGUUGUUGUAGUGGUUUUGGGGUACGUUUACAGAGCAAAGGUGGAAAAUGAAGUCGAUCGCAGAAUUCAGAAAGUGUAUAAGACCUACAAUGGAACCAACCCUGAUGCUGCUAGCCGGGCUAUUGAUUAUGUACAAAGACAGCUGCACUGUUGUGGAAUUCACAACUAUUCAGACUGGGAAAAUACAGACUGGUUCAAAGAGACCAAAAAUCAGAGCGUCCCUCUCAGCUGUUGCAGAGAGACUGCCAGCAGCUGCAAUGGCAGCCUGGCACACCCCUCUGAUCUCUACGCAGAGGGAUGUGAAGCACUCGUCGUGAAGAAACUUCAAGAAAUCAUGAUGCUCGUUAUCUGGGCGGCGCUGGCAUUCGCAGCUAUUCAGCUGCUGGGCAUGCUGUGCGCAUGCAUCGUGUUGUGCAGAAGGAGUGGCGAUCCUGCCUACGAGCUCCUCAUCACCGGCGGAACCUACGCGUAGUAGAAAAGGCCUUUUAAGCCUCGUUCCUGUUCGGAAGGCGAAUUGAGCAGGUCCACUGCUGUUGGCCUCCUGAGUUCAUUUAGUUGAAGCACACACACACACAGGUGUUGGACAGAGCGGCUUGGCUCUUCAUGUGCCCACCUUCUUCCCACCCACCUAAGACUUUCUUUUCCCCUGUUCUAGCAGACUCUCCCUAUCCCCGAUUUUUUCAGGAACAGGAAACUGUUCUGAUUCAGAACCAUUGCAGGUCGUGGAGUGUUGUGAUGUUAGAGGAGUUGGGGCCUGCUUCUGAUGCCUCCAAGCAGUAACGGGACGGCUGCUGAUGUGUCACUGGGUCCUUUCAGUCUUUCAUGGUGGAGAACUCCUGGCCAGAGGUUUUGGGGAGAGGGGGAGGAAGCCAGUUGUCUGGUUAAAGUUCAUACCAGAUGAUGCCCCUCAUCAGUGUCCUUUCAAAAAAUAUAUAUAUAUACAUAUAUAUAUACUAUAGUCCAAUAAGAUAGCAACUGUACAAAAUGGCUAAAAUAGCUUCUAGAAUCAUACAGUGUGUGUUUUGGUUCAUCUUCAAAAUCAGACUGAUCUCUGACACUAGUGGUUUUUAAUCAAAGCUGGCUUUAUAGGAGGAGUAUAAUGUAUGCACUACUGUUUUAAAGCAAUUAGUGUGAAUGUGUGCGUGCAUGUUUUUGUAUGAUUGAGCCCAUUCAUCAUAAGUCUAAACUUGUUAGGAAUAAUGUACCCAUGUAGGCUAGCAAAAUACUACAUUUAGUAUGUAGGUGUGAUCAGCUGUAAAUAGAAAAAUCUAAUUCAAUAAACUGUAUCAACCCUCAA